GAUCUUCAGGCGUAUAAAAGGCUGGUGCAGAUUUCAAACAACAAGCAUUCCUGCAUUUAACUUUGCCAGUUAUAAUUCAAACUAAACUCUAAAAAAUGUUCAAAAUCUUCUUCUUGUUGUUCGCUGUCUUGUUGGCUUUGGCCACAGCUGCUCCCUCUCCCGUAGCCUCUCCUGAACCAGCUCCAGCACCCGCCCCUCAAGUAUACUAUAGUGGUUAUCCUGCCUAUGGUUAUGCUGCUCCCGCUGUUUAUUAUGGUUGAAUGGAGUUGAUAUGGAUUUUACGGAAUGGAUAUUAUGAACAUGGACUUGUAAUAAUUUUGUACCUAAGGUUUUGUUUUAAUAAAUUUGUUUAACUAAAUGCAUUCAUAAAAAAA